AAUACGGAAAUCUAAUGUCCUUCCUCUUUUUAAUUACCUUGUCUUGUUUGGCGUCCACUAAGGGGGGUAGAAAAGGGGAUGCUGAUAGUGAAAGGAAGUUUAAGACUCUGGAGGUACCAAGAUGAGGAAGAUCGCGCUUAUCGUAUUGUCAGUGUGCCUUGUGAAGGAAGCAAGCGGUCUCAAAUGUUUCAUGUGUGAAAGUGGAGACUUGAAGACCCCCAAUUUCGACUGCCCCGCUGAGGGACAAGUAGCGUACCCUAAAACCCCUAUGGCUCCCUGCAACGGCAAAUGCUACAUCAGAACAAAGGGCGGAGAGGGCAACGCGUCGAUACACCGAGGUUGUCUGUCUACGAAAUGGCUGCGGAAGUACCUAAAGGACGGAUGUGACGUAUUGGGCAGCGACAUCUGGUGUUUUUGUUCGCAAACUGGUUGCAAUGGGAGACGACUCGGGGAGUGGUUCCCCAUCAUCUAGGUGUACACGGGACAACGAUUUCGUGAUUUACUGGACUUGUAUUGAACAAGGACAUUACAGUUAAGCAUGAUGUAACCAGAAUCUUGUGAAUCUGAAAAGAUUUUUAAUGGGUUUAGUAAAUGAAGAAACGUAUUUAUUCUCGGUUCCAAGGAUCUUUUGUUGGGACUUUCAUCCCAGAACCACGGCUUUGUACGUGGUCGUGACCUGGGCAGCGUCCUUACGUCGCGAGAUGAUGUACUACAGACCCUGGUGAUGACGAGGUGGGGUGUGAAUGGUGCAAGCUUUCAUCAACAAAUUCAAGCAUUUUAAGACACGGCUUGGGUUGGGAUUGUUUUACAAAAACACUGUGUUCCACUUCUGGAUUUAUCAAAACAUAUAUAUUCUUCGCAACUUAUGCUGAAUGACCUGCAAAAACACAAUGUGUGCGGCUGCUCCUUUCAUAGAUAAAAACAUAUUGUGUGUGUGUGUGUGUGUGUGUGUGUGUGUGUGUGUGUGUGUGUGAAGGAUUCACUGAAAAAUACUGUCCCUGUCAAAAGAGAG